AUGGAGGCAGCAAGCACGAGCCACUACCACACAUUUUCGGCGAUUCCGCCUGGUCUCACUCGUUCGGAGCUCAAGAACGGACAAGGUAGUGUGCCAAAGAAGAAGCCCUCGAGAAGGCGUCCCAAUACCGGUCGCCGAUUUCAGUGUAAUCAUGAUGGCUGCGGUAAGACGUAUUCUAGAGCCGAGCAUCUCCAGCGACACCAAUUGAACCACAGUCCAAAGGGGCUCUUCUCCUGCGACUAUGCUGGAUGCGAUCUCACCUUUGUCCGAAAAGAUCUCAGAGAUCGCCAUAGAAAGCGCCACAGACAUCCCUCGCCAUCAGGUUCGUUCGGCCAACCUACUGUCCAGGAGACACCCUCGAAACUUUCUACCGGCGGAUCAGACAACGAGCGGACGCCCGGCGCAGUAGGCCUGCGUACGCUGAGCAGCGACUCCGGUCGCAGGCCAUCUCUAACCGCUGCCACAUCGUCAGUCAGCUUCCCAGCUCGAAGUACUGCUGGCUUCGAUGGCUUUAAUGCGAAUCCGUACUCGGGUGCAAACCCCUUGAACAGUUCAAAUGGCGAGCUUGGCUUUCCUAACCUCGAGAGAAAGACAUCCAUCACCCCGGGCGAAACGAUCAACCAUCAUGCUACAAGCUCUGUUGGAAGACCUUCGAUGAGAUUCAGUCAUUCACACGGCAGCAUACCUGCAGUCAACCCCGGCCCAAAGCAACUCAGUCCUCAAUCGGAAUGCGAUAGCCAUCGUCCCGGCGUAUUAGCUGGCUUCAAGCUGUCCGAGUCGAUGUCUAUGACUGCAGACAGCUCACAGAAAGCUAUGGAUCUGACACAAACACGUAGCUCUAAAUUUGGACCUUCUCAACAACAGAACUACAUCCAAGGCGUCGGGACUCCAGGACAGGGGACCGGCCAGCAACAACGAUCAAGUACAGCCACCGCGGCAUCUACUUUCAACGCUCCGUUCGUUACUCCCGACUUGGCCAUGAGCUACGAAACUCCAAUCAUUGACGAUCCUUCGCUGGGCAUAUCGCCCUCAGGCCGGACCGAUGAGUUCACAUCAUGGCUCUUUGACCAGAACGGGGGAGCCUCGCACCCAUCACAUGCAAGUUCGAACAUAUACCAUUACCAGCCGAAUGUUUUCGGCCAAAUAUACUCCGACGAGAUGCCAUCGACUUUGUUUGAUCAGUUCGCAGAUGUUCCUGAUGAGCCCGAUCCGAUGACAUCCACCGAUUUCCUUCUGCCUGCCAAAGAACCCGGUUUGUCCGACUGGAAGCGGAGACACCUAGUCUCGAUCAUUCAGGGGAGGUUCUUUGCAAGUGGCAAUAGUGGAUUGGCGACGAAACAGCAGAUUUUUGGCGGCAACGAUGAUGAUGCCGGCCAUCUGUUGAAUAUGAACUCUUUCCAGAUCUACCUAGCUUCGUACUGGACGAGAUUUCACGACCAGUUUCCCUUGCUCCAUAGGGCGACCUUCAUACCUGACCAGAUUCAUGAUUGUCUACUUCUCACAGUUAUUGUGGUGGGGGCGUCUCUCCUUGAUGAUACUCAACACGGAUCCACGUUCUGCGAUGCUGCAGCUCGGCUUGCAAGCGUUGUAGCUUGGAGCCUGAGAUGGCAGAUCUUGACAGAUGCUGACUCAGGACCUCCAGCAAAACUGUGGGUGCUUCAAAGUCUGGCGAUUCUAGAAUUUUACGAGAAGAUGAACGCAACCCGGGCGCUUCACGAGCGAGCUCAUGUACAUUUCGCCGCUACGCUUACGCUGAUGCGUCGCGGUAGCGCACUAAUUGGAGACCAUAGUAUCCCACCAUCCCGCGACGAGGUCGCCACCCAAGUCGAUGACAACGAUGCAUUUGCGAGUGACAAGUGGUGGAACCACUGGGUUGCCCAAGAAGCGACCCGCCGCGCAGCGUUCGGAGCAUUCUUCCUGGAUGCGUUGCAUGCGACCAUGUUUGGCCAUGCUGCGACCAUGGUCAUUCAUGAGAUUCACUUGCCUCUUCCCUGCGAUGACACACUUUGGUCUGCUGGCACGGCCUCAGAAGUGGGGAGAAUCGAAUUCAGCCUGUACACCAACGGCAUCAAGCCUACCAUGUUCUUGACAGGGGUGAAGCGCACUCUAUCCUGCCAAAAGGUACGGACUAAUCCCUUUGGACGCAUUAUACUCAUGGCCGGGCUCCUCUCCAUCGCCUGGCAUAUGCAUCAAAAGGAACUCUACAGGAGCACAUUGGAAGAACGGAGCGUUGGGAUGCCCGAGGGUUGGAAAGCUCAAUUGCUGAAAGCUUUUGACUGGUGGAAGCAAGAUUUUGACGACAGCUUCAGCCAUAUGCGCAAGAGUGGCAUUGAUGCAGGCAAGACGGGCUUCAGCCAAGAACGGGCUCUCACAUCCCAACAUCUGGCGACUGGCCUCUACCAUAUGGGCCAUAUCGCAAUCCAAGUGGACAUGCCUGACCUGUGUAUCUUGGCUGGAGCAAAGGUCCUGCUCGGUCGAGUUAUUACCAAAUCAGACUAUGAGCGAGUGCAUUUGAAGUUGAAGCAAUGGGUAAGCACGGCAAGUGCGCGACAUGCCGUCCACUACUCGAUCCAAUACCUCAAACUGACCCUCCUUGAUCCCGAGUCCGGCCAGCUUUCCGACUCAGGGCGACGCUCAUCCAGCCAAGUCUGGGACGCUGCGUUCAGGGGCGGUCCCAACUCGCCGGAUAUCGUGCUCAUUCGGCCCUGGACCAUGUAUUAUUCGGCGCUCGUGCUAUGGACUUAUGGAUACCUUCUCGACGGUCCCCUCCGGCCAUUUCCAGAGUCCUCAGCGAAGCCUCGAGCUCUCGACUCGGAUAUCGCACAACAGACCCCUGAGCAGAUCCAACAGAUGGAACAUGACGCCAAGACUUAUCUACAUGCCAUGGGCAGGUUUACCCAUCCGAAUGGAUUGCAGAAUGUAACAAACAGUCGGAACAAGGUUGUUGGCUUGAUGGGCGUGGUUCUGACAGCCCUAGAAAGCUCACGAUGGGAGCUCCUACAUGAGGCGAGACAGCGGUUGCAUAGUUGCGUGGACCAGCUAAGAUGA